AUGGUAGGACUGGUGGCGCAACCAGAGCCGCCGCUAGGAGAACAUGGCGGGGGAGUGAGGCGAGCCACCAGCAGCUCCCGGUGUUGUUACCCGGGUGCGUCCCGCCCACUUCCGCCCCCGCGCCAACCGCCGCGCGCGGACGGCGCCAGCACCGCCCCUCUCCGCCGCGCCCCGCCAAUGGCGGCGGAGCGGCGGUGUCUCUGCCCUCGCUGCAGCCAGUCGAAAGCGACACAAACACUCGGGGCCACGCCCCCUGGGGGCCGCCCAAUCCGGGCAGGCACGCCCCCGGUCUCCGAGUCACGGGCUCGCAGUGCGCGGCGGGCGGACGCCGCCCACCGACCAAUCGGAAACCGCACGAACAGCCGAGGCCGCACCUCCCCGGGCCUCUCAGCCAAUCGCGGGAGACGUAAACAGGCGUCGGCGCGCCCCCGGUGGGCGGUGGCAGCGGGCGGGCACGCGUAGCUCGCCAUGGAGGAGCCGGGCCCAGCCGCCGCGCCGCCGGAGGGGCGGGGGCGGGACGAGCGGAGCCUGGAGGCGCUCAGCCUGGCCGGCGGCGGAGGGGCGGCGGUGGCGGGGCGGCAGCUGUCGGAGGGGCGGCGGGCGACGCUGGCGAGCGCCCUGGAACUGGAGGGGACGGUGCUGCGCGAGGGGCGCCUCACCCAGUUCGUAGCCAACAACCUGGAGCGGCGGAUCCGGCUGAGCGGCGCCCCGCGGGGCGAGCCUCCGGCGGGGGGCGGCGGGUCCUCCAUCCCCGCCAUCGACCCCGGGGCGCUGCAGGACGUGGUGGCCCUGGCCGGGCAGGUGGCGGCGCAGGUGGACGAGCUGCUGCGGAACGUGCACUGCGGGCUGCAGGCGCUGACGGCGCUCAGCGUCGGCUGCAUCCAGACCUACCGCGACGGCGUGGAGAGCCUGGGCGAGGCGGCCGACCUCAGCAUCCGCGCCAUGUACGCCCUGGUGGCGCGCUGCGAGGAGCUGGACCGCGCCAUGCAGCCCGUGCCCGCCCUGGCCAAGCGCAUCCGUGACAUGAAGGGCACGCUGGAGCGGCUGGAGGGGCUCUGCAAGUAGCUGCUCCCGCCGCCGCUCCUGCCGUGCCGGCAGCGGGGGCCUGGGGCUGCUGCGCUCUCGCUCCGGCGGCCCCACGGCUCACGGUGUCCGCAGCUCCCGCCUGCACAUCCUCGCUCGCUCUCCCCCGUGCGUGACUUGCCGGCAGCAGUGGCCAGAUCGCCUGUGUUGGUCCGGACGAAGGGAGAUUUUUGCGACGGACGAAGGAGAAAGCCCGGUUGAAAACCGCGGGGUACAUGGCAGAUGGUGCUUUUUAGCUUCAGCUCCAUUAAAGAAUUUGGAUUCCA